ACGUCUGCAAUAUGAAAGAUGAAUUUACAACUCUCCUGUCUAGUGUCGCUUUACCAUAUUUUUCAUCUGUAAAGUAGAUGUGGUUUAUUUGUCGAAGGGUCGUACCAUUAACAAAAUAUCCAUUUAUUAGUGUAGUUAGCUCCCAAUCGUUAAAGCCAUCUGUGAGCCGUGUUUCAUUGGAUAAUAUUCGUCGCCAUUAGAAGCUUAUCUGAACCUGGGGUGAGUAAUAUCCGAUGUGGCUCAUAAAUGGCUGGCAGACAAACUGUCUUUCUUCAGCACAAGGGAAUAUGGAAUUGCUUAUAUCACUUGGUGCCCUGAUAUGGUUUAUGACCUAUAUACCAACCAAUGGAGCGCAUGAAUACAAGAUCCAUGCCAGUGUAAUGGGCCGACCUGGUUCUAAUGAUAUUCAACUGUACAGAAAGGUCGCUGAUAUAAUGUUCCGGGAGGAUGUACCACAUAAAGGAAGUAUCAAUCAUUGCGCUAUCAACUUUAAAGAAUUUACUUUUGAUAUGACAAAUGGAUCGACAGUUUAUGAUAGCCUGACCACUGCUCGCAGUAAUUUUGAAAGUAAAGAUGUUGCGGUGGCCAUUGGACCAGCCAUUGAUGUUUUCACGUCUACAGAAUACGUCAUACUGAACCAGGUUCAUUUGUUGACGUCACCAGCCAGCGAAAGCUCCAGUAGAGUCAUUUCUGUCCUGCCACAGGCGAACUCUAUGUCCGCCGCCAUUGCUGACAUUGUCACUAAACUGGGAUGGAACAAUGUCGCCUUACUUGCCCAAGACGAUUUCUCGCCAGUUUUGACCCUUGGUACUGCCGGUAUAAAGGUUUGGCCAAUCAGACUUUCUCCAAAGAUAUCAUCGGAAGACGAUCGCGAAUUACAGAAGAAUUUGAUACAGUUGCGAUCUUCACAAAAUGAUAAAUUUAUUCUCCAUUCCAACAAUCGAGAAGUUAUUCGCUCUGUUAUGGAAGCCGCCAAACGACUCCACCUCUUGCACCAUUCCAUUGAUUGGUUUGUUACAUACCCGGAUUUCCAAGAUAUAAUUAAAGAUGACGAGGGAGCUUGGCCGGGUUCUCUCUUUGGACUUCAAUUGCUGCGAAGCGAAAAGAUACCUCAGAAUGUAUCUGGUUUAAUGGAAAGUUUUAAAAUAUCACGACUUCAACUGGGAUUGGCUGUAGAUGUUGUUGGUAUUUUACGCCAUGUUUUGUGGGGAGCAGCACAUGAUUGCAGUCGUGGACCAAUUGGGGGAGAUUUUAUUAUUGGGGCUGACGAUUUUGAAAGUAGUAUCAAAUCUCAGGAUCGACCAUACCAAGGAGCACUGGGUCAAUAUAUAUGGCAGAUGCCUGAUAAUACAAAAACUAACUAUUCUAUUAAUGUCUUAUGGUAUAACACAACUUUAAAUGAGAUUGGAAGUUGUACGUUUAUUAAUGGUACACCAGAGGUACAUUUUGCACAGAGUAUUUCUAAAAGUGGUAAUGUAAAGCAUGUAUUUGGUAAAGAUGAAAUUCUUCAAGUAGUAACAAAACAGGACGACCCAUUUGUAAUGAAGGAAGGUGACAAUUACGUAGGAUUUAACAUUGACCUUCUAAGAGAGCUAUCGGAAAGCCUAAAUUUCAAAUACAAUAUAGUAGAUGUCACAGAUAAUAAAUAUGACGAUAGUCAUAAUGGUCAAUUGAAUGGAAUGGUACAGGAAUUAAUGAAUGGGAAUGCAUCAAUGGCUAUUGGAGCUUUAGAAGUAACAGCUGAAAGGGAAGAAGUAAUUAGUUUUUCUUAUACCAUACUCUCAUCUAAGGCUUCACUGCUGAUCAAGAAAGCGAAGAGCACCAGGAACUUUUUCCAAUUUUUGGGACCCUUCUCCAUCGGACUCUGGUUCAUGAUCGUCGGAUUUGUAAUAGUGGCCGGUUUGACCAUGUUCAUCAUGAGUCACUAUGAUCAAACACAAAAUAAAUCUGAGCAAAAAUUUGAUUUAAAAGAGAGUAUGUGGUAUUCGCUGAAUAUCCUACUACAAGGUACCACCGACUACUCGCCACAAACUACCUCAACUAGAACAAUCAUAUCUUUCUUCUGGUUCUGUGUACUGGUUAUUGAUGCUGCUUACACAGCUAAUCUAGCUGCUUAUCUUACUCUUCAGCAGAUAGAUGAUAGAAUACGUACUGUAUAUGACCUAGCUGAACAAACUGAUAUCCUGUAUGGGGUUGAAAAGGACAGCAGUUUAAUGCACUAUAUAGAGGGCGAAAGGCAAGAUCCUUAUGAAAGAAUGUGGGCUUUUAUUAAACUACACGAGACAGAGACCUUGUUGAAGAACACUACCCAAGUCAUCGAGAAAGUUACCUCGGGCGAGUUUACUUUCAUUGCCGAUGGUGUUGUAAACGAGUACUAUGCCAAACAGCAUUGUGGUAUCGAAUCUGUUGAGCAGCAUUUUGGUCACAAGGAUUACAGUCUUGGUUUUCCACGAGGUGCACCAUAUCGAGAUGAUAUCAACAGAGCCUUACUAGAACUGAAAGAAAGGGGACGUCUGGAUUAUCUAAAAGAAAAGUGGUGGGCUCCUGGUACCAACUGUACAGAUGACGACAGUACCAUAUCUCGAAGUGAUAAAGCAACUGCCGAGUUACAGAUAGACAACAUGUUUGGCGUAUUCUUAGUCUUAGCUGGUUUUGUAGUCUUAGCACUCGUUUGUGAGGUUGGGGACAGGAUAUUUGAUUGUCACACAGCCAAAAAGGCAAAAAAGGAAAAGAAAAAUGGCAAUUCACCAUCAGAAGAUAAUUUCUACGUCAGUGCUGACGAUGUUGAUGUCGAUAAAAAGAUUCUCAAGAAAAUCGAAGAAGAUGCCAAGAAUUUGCAAAGUUUCUAAAUAAUAAUUCGCUUAAAAAGAAAUUCUGAAGAAAUGAGAGGAGCACUAAUUAAUCAUUAUUUCUUAACAAAGACGGUUUUAUACUCUGCUUUUUAUUAAAGAUACAUUUUUUUCAAGAGCUAAAUUUGUCUAUUGCAGGUCUUUUUUUAGGCCAUGAUUGUUAUAUAAAUUAUCAAUUAGACAUGUAUUAACAUGACGAGACCAUAAUCAACUCCCGAUGCCAUCGGAUGCUCGAGAUUUUAACUAGAUAAGAAAGGUUCGGUCAUUUAAUGAAUUAAUUUAAAAAUAGAAAAGCGAGGCUAAGCUUCGAAUAUACCAGUACCGUGAUAUCAAUCAAUGCAUACAUAUUGUCAAAACUACAAACAGUGAAUACUUGGCUCAGAAUAAAGUAAUUUGAAUGAAACUUUCAAUAUAUUUAAUUUGCAUGAUCUAUUUCUGAACUAUUAUUGCAAGAACGGCUCUUUCUCUAAAUCUUAAAUAAUGCAUCUUUAAAAAAGUUUUAUACUACAAGUUAUUCAAUAUCGUUUUUAAGUGUACAAUUAAAUAAUUUUAACACGA